CGCGCUGCAAUGUUGGAGUCUCUCUAUGAAAAGCCGCAUUUUUCUCUUCGACAAGUAAAGCUGAUUUGUGAGCGCUUACUUAGAGAGCAAGAAGUUCGUCUUCGCUAUGAAUAUGAGACUAUUCUGAAUAAGAAACUUGAUGAACAACAUGAUCAAUAUGUGCAAUUUGCCAAAGAACAAUUGGAAGUUAAUGCUACGAAGAUGGGCGACAUUUCAUGUAUAUAA